AUGGCCUGGACAUCAUCCGGCUAUCACAGGCCACAGGAGGCCCUGAGUCUUCAGGGUUUGCCUGUUGUUGGCUUAGAUAUCAGUCGGCUGUCAGAGGCGAAAUGCAAAACCUGUCUAGGAACGGCUCUGGAACGCAAAGUGAACUCUUCAGGGGAGGGUAGAGCUGGUUGGUAAGUGUCCCUUGACUUAAAUAACUCAAGUAUAUUGCUCUUCAGUGUGAUGCGUUCAUAGAUAGAGGAGACUAAUGUUUACGUUGACAGAAAUCGAUCUGACGUUUCUUGGAAAUCCGAACAAGCUAGGACGUCCUGCCUCUCUCCUUCAGACUCAUCAACCAUAGCAGCGAUCUACUUGUUGAAAAGAGCUUGACAAUACUUCUGCAGAAUGUAAGACUAUUCCACUGAAGCUUCGAGAGAUGGGCUAAUUAAAAGGCUAUAGCGAGGUGACGUUGUGGCAGAAACAAGUAUGGGGUUUCUUCAAAAUAUGAACAAGCUUUGAGAUGUUACUUCUUUCAGGUAAGCAAAAACCUUUCGUUUUAUUUAAUCUGCAUUAAUAUACAGUAAACCAGUUCCAACUUGAGAAACAGUAG